AUGGCGAGCGAGGCGCGUGCGAACGCAAGCGAGUUGGUGGUCGAGGCGGUGAUGACUGGCGGCAACGGGACGCCCGGGGCGGUGUGCGGCUCGCCGUGCGGGGCGCUGGUGGCAUACGCGGCGGGCCCGGCGGUGGCGGUCUGGCCGCGGGGCGGGGGCGUAGAGGCGACGCUGACGUUCCCUUCGAAGCAUGCAGCGCGAGUGACGGCUGUGGUGUGUCCGGACGCUUCGACGGUGAUUGCUGGCAAUGCGGCCGGCGUGGUCUUUGGCUGGCGGUGGUCGCCGGAGAAGCGAGUGUGGCGGGCGGCACUGCGCAAGGCACUCUACGUUGCGGCGGGCAAGAAGGAUGCCAAACCUGUGGCGGCGCUGGCGGUUGGCGGGACCACGACUCGGCGGCUGGUUGCGGCGACCGACGCCGGUGGCGCGUUGGUUGUGUGGGAGGUGCCGGCGAGCGGAUCGACGGGCUGGCCUGAGGUCUGCCGGACAACUGCGGCUGUUUCGGCGCUGGCGAUCUCGCUAGCGGUGUGCAACGUGGGCGAGCGGGUUCUGGUGGCUGCAGGACGAGUUGACGCGCGGCUGGGCUUGUAUCUGGUGGCAGACGGGGCGCUCAUUGCGCUGCCGCCUCUGGUUGGCCACGAGGAUUGGGUCUCUUCGCUGGCGUGGCACGGGCCCUCUGGGCUGCUGGCCUCGGGUUCGCAGGACGCUCGGAUCCGAGUGUGGCGACUCGAGUUGGGCGACGAAGCUGUACCGGCUAAGAGCGUGGGUGCGGCCGUGCUCGAGGCGGUCAUUGGCGAGCAGGUGCUCCGCAUCCGGCUCGAGUCAGUCUUGGCAGGGCACGAUGGGUGGGUCACCGGCCUUGCCUGGCAGCCGGGCCCCGAGCUUGUUCUGGCGUCGGCGUCGAUGGACAAGUCUGUGGCGCUCUGGGGCCCGCCGGCGAGCGCAGCCGGGGUGUGGGCCACGCUAUGCCGGAUGGGCGAGCUCGGUGGCAACACACUCGGCAUGCUGCACCAUGGAGCGCUGCACGCGUGGGAAGUGGCUGACGUUGCAGCGCCGGUCCCGGUCCCAACGCCGUCGGGCCACUCGGGAAGUGUGACCGACGCGAGCUGGACACCGGACGGCAAGUUUGUGGUCUCGGUCUCCAAGGACCAGACCACCCGGUGGUUCGGGCGAGUUACUUCGGCGUGUGGCGCAUGGCACGAGGUCGGCCGGCCGCAGAUCCAUGGCUUUGACCUGACUGCAGCCGUUGUUGUCCCGCACACCGCGUACACAUUGGUCUCGGGCGCCGAGGAGAAGAUCCCUCGGGUCUUCCGUGCGCCGCGCACCUUUUUGGCGGGCCUUAACCGGCUGUGUGGAACUGAGUUGGCCAUCGACGACCAGCUGCCGCUCGGUGCCAACGUGCCUGCGCUCGGUCUCUCGAACAAGGCUGUUGUCGAUGGUGGCGAGAGUGCCUGUGCCGACGCCGGGAACUUUGAGUCGGAGAUGCCUGUCCCGUUUGCGGCGGUCGAGGUUGGCGACCCGCCGCUGGAGGAGCAUCUCAUUCAGAACACGCUUUGGCCCGAGGUGCACAAGCUGUACGGCCACGGGUAUGAAGUGUACAGCCUGGCGACGUCGCCGUGCGGGCGUCUGGUGGCGUCGUCGUCCAAGGCAUCGUCGGCAAGCGCAGCGGGCAUCCGGCUGUGGUCGACGAGCAGCUGGCGCGAGGCGUGUGAGCCGGUUAGCGGGCACAAACUGACGGUUGUGGCCAUGGCGUGGUCAGCCGACGGCAAGGUGCUUGUCUCGGCCUCGCGCGACCGCACGUUUGCUGUCCAUGACGUUGACGUCGCCGACGACGGCAGCGCGGCGGUCUCGACCCGGAUGGUGGUCUCUGCGCAUGCACGCAUCAUCUGGGACGUCGCGCUCUGUCCCACUGGAGCGCGUCUGGCGACGGCAUCGCGAGACAAGACGGUCAAGCUCUGGUCGCUGACCGAUGGCUCGCUGCUGGCGACGGUGGUCAAGGCAAGCGCGCCGGCUACCGCGGUUGCGUUCUCGCCGCUCGGCGAGCUGGUUGUUGGCCUCGAGACAGGCAAGCUGACAUGCUACCGCGAGGACGAGAGCGGCGCAUGGUCCGAGGCCUGGUCCGCCCCAAAGCUCACGGGCUUGCCGCAGGAGCAGGCCGCCGCAUACCUGGACAUGGCCGGUGGGUCGGUGGAGGCUGCGUAUGCGCUGUAUGCGUCGAUGCUGGAGCCGGCGGGCGGAGGCAGCGAUGGCGGUGGAGGCGGCGACGGCGGCGACCUUCCAUUUGCGAAGCUCCCGUUCCGGUCACUGGUGUGGCCCGACGGGACGACGGAGCUGCCGGAAGCGUGGCUGGUGCAGGGCUUUGCGCUGGAGGCUCCCGGGCGCGGGAUGGUGCAGCCGAAGAACGGGCCUUGUGGCCUUGUGGCGGCGGUCCUGGCCGGCGUGGUGGCCAACAAGCUCGCAGGCGUGGUUGCCGGGACGCAGGCGGCGGUCGAGGACUGGACCGACGCCGAAGCGCUGGCGGCAGUGGCGCAGAUUGUGGUCCAGGCACGGACUGAUGACAGCGCACCAGUUCACGUGGCGCGGUGGGCAGGCGAGGUGGGCGAGGCCAUCGAGUGUGACCAAGUCUCAGCCGACGAGGUGGCGGCCACGCUGGUGCAGGCGGCUGAGGCCUGGCUGGGCGCCGGCGGCGCGCUGCUGCUGCUGUACUCGCUGGUGGCGACGCGGGGUGAGGCGCAGGUGCGGGCGGACAUUGCGGCGGACGCCGGCGAGCCGCCGCUCAUUGUGGGUCCUGCGCACCUGUGCUCGAUGGAGCUGCUCUCGUUGGUUGUCCGUGGCUCUGCAAGCGGCAACGUGACGGCCUUCCAUCCGCUCUCGCGCGCACCAGCUGACUGGACCGUUCCGCUCGGCUUUGGGCUCCUUUCCAAGUCGGAGCUGGAGAUGGGGGUGCCUGUGGCGGACAGCCUCAAGUCACCGCGGCUGCCGGUGUGGAUCCUGCAUGGCGGCGACCACUUUACGACAGCCUGGCUGGAUGUGGCGACGUUUGCGGCGAUGCCCGAGGCGGCGGACUGCGUGCCGCCGGUUGGCGAGGAUGCGCCGGUCCCAUUCAACCUGGUCCACUGGAACGGGCUGCCGCCGGCUGGCCCGAGGCGGGCUGUGGUCCGCCUCACGCCGCGGACAACCGGACGAGCGGUGGCGGGCAAGGCACCCAAGGAGCUCCGCGACUCUUACGUGAAGAAAGUGCCUGGCGAGAUCGAUUCGAUUGUGCAGGCGCAUCCGGACGACAAGAAGAACGCUCCCGAUGCGUGGAACACAUGGCGAUACGAGGUAGUGCUUGCGGUCGACGAGCCGGACGUGGAAGGAGUGGAGCCCAACCCGAACGCCACGCCGCCGCCGACCUUUGACCUUGGCGAGCCACCUGUUGACACUGCCUGGCGGUGCGCGUCGUGCUAUCGCGGGCGGUACAAGACGUUCUGCUUUGGCCUCAACGAGGCGGGUGCCACUGCCUGUCGCCACUGCGACAAGCCGAUGGCCGACGCGGGUUGGUCACUGUGGAUGCCGUACGAUGAUCUGCCCGGCUCUCAGCAGAGCACGGCCACGAAUCGUCACGCACCAAACAUCUACAUUGUGCUCCGCCGCCGGUGGCCAGGCGCCAAGGUGGCCAUGGUCGACGAGGACGAGGCCGCGCGCUGGCCGUCAGUCUAGCUGUGAAGAAGCAAGUGGUGCUCAUGGUAUUGUUACUCGUCGGUGUCGUCCGAGUCGGUCACGGUCGUGGUCGGCUCGUGCGACGACGACGACGGCCGAAGCUCGUACUCGGCGUAUGUCUGUGCGUGACUCAUGAUGAACUCGACCUCUGAGACGCCAGUGUGAGGAUCCCAGACUGCCGGCUCGGCGCCCGCCUUGGGAUGGCGGACUCGCCACCAGGACUCGACGCCCUUGCGGUGAUCAAACUCAUAGUACGUCCACAUGGCGCGGAUGAUGGUGGGCGGGACGGCCGGCUUGGAAAUGAAAAACGUGUUCUCGAUAA